AUGUGCAGGCACGACGACGACGAGGCCAUGAUGUCCUGGGCGAUGUGGGCGGUGCAGCGCCUGAACGGGGCUCGCGCUGUGGUGGGGCCCCUGCGGCGGGGCUCCUUCAGAUCGCCUCGGGCGGCCGCGGCGGCGCUGAGGUGCCUGGGAGGCGUGGCCCUCGGCCAGAGCGACGGCGCGGGCGUGGCGGACAUGCCCGCCCUGAUAGGCGCGGUCGUGCACACUAUGGAGGCGUUCCCCGACCGCGACGACGUCCACUACGCGGCCACGGUGGUGCUCGGCCACGCCGCCGCCUUCGCGGUGUCCGCGGCGCCGGCCGCCGGCCCCUCCGCGUGCGGUGAGCGGGAGCUGCUGGAGUGCGUGGGGCGUGCGGUGCAGGCGCUGCUGCAGCUGAUCCGCCUCCGUCUCGCCAACGCCGAGACCGUGAAGGCCGCCUGCCAGGGGCUGGCGGAGAUCGUGGACGUGUGCCACCGCGGCUCGCAGGUGCGGGCCACCAUCCAGCAGGCGCUCCUCGGCAAGGAGGAGGGCCACCCGGAGCCCCUCCUCUCCGUGGUCAUGAGGGCGCAUGUCUCAAACCCCGCGCUGCAGACCACGGCCAUGUGGGUCAAUGGCGUCAUGCUCGGUGCGGCCCCCGUGGUGCAGCAGAUGCGGGACCACAUGGCCAGCCAGGAGAUACAGAUGUCAGGCGUGCGGACGCUAGGCAUGCUGUACUACGACUGGAUAGAGCCGGACCCGGGGGAGGCGGGCACGCUGGCCGCCGCCGUGGACGCGGUGGUUGCCGCCAUGGGGGCGUUCCCGGAGAACCUUGUCCUGCAGCAGCAUGCCUGCUUCGCGCUGCACACUAUAGCGGAGCAGGACGCUGGGGUCGGCGCCCUCGGCCACGAUCACUUGCAGCGGUGCGUCGGCGCCAUCACCGAGGCCCUGGGGCUCGUCCGCGGCCUCUGCGACGGCGACCGCAGGAACCCGUCCAGCUACAACGCGCUGUUUCUGAGGAAGGAGGCCACCCGCUGCAUCGUGGCCCUCUGCAGGGUCCGGCCCUCGCUGGGCCUCUGGCUGCGGCAGCGGGGCGUGCACUCGGUCCUGGCCGACGCCCUGCAGAGCACCGCGGAUGCCACCUGGCCCGGCUGGCGCGACAUGGAGAGCGAGGAGACCCUCUGCGUGGAGCUCCUGGCGCUCUGCUACGUGCUCGGCCCCGGCGAGGUCAUCGCGGGGGCGCUGCGCCACUACGGGGCGGAGCGGCCUGCCGUGGUGCGGGCCGCGGCCGACGCGGUCGUGGAGCUCGCCAGGGGCGCUGGCCUGCUGAGCCCGGACGAGGGCCAGCUGACGACCCCGCCUGCGCGGCCGCCGCGGCGCCUGUGCCGGCGCUGGCCGCGGCGGGCUGCGCCGCGGAGCUGCAGGCCGCCAUGCGGGCUCACGCUGGCGACGAGGACCUGCAGGGCAGAUUGCAGCUGGCCGUGGGCUUUGUGGAGAACGCAGCCC